AUGGCCCUCCCCUUCCCGACCCGUCAGCUUUACUACGACGGCCAGGUGCACGCCGCUUCAUCCGGCAAGACCUUCCAAACCAUUAACCCUGCUACUGCAACCCCGCUGGCCGAUAUCCAGAUUGCUUCCAACUCGGAUAUUGAUGCUGCGAUUGCGGCGGCAGAGCGUGCCUUCCAGGUCUGGUCCAAGACAACGUAUAUUGCUCGCGCUCGGAUCUUGCAGAAGGCGGCUGCGUUGUUGCGGGAGCGCAAUGAUGAGAUUGCUCGGAUAGAGACUUUGGAUUCGGGCAAGGCCUUUACGGAGACGAGUACUGUGGAUGUGGUGACGGGUGCGGAUGUGCUCGAGUAUUAUGCCAACUUUAUUGGUGGUGGUGGGUUGAAUGGCGAGACGACACAGCUGCGUGAGGAUGCCUGGGUGUAUACGAAGAAGUCACCCUUGGGUGUUUGCGCGGGUAUUGGUGCUUGGAAUUAUCCUAUUCAGAUUGCCCUCUGGAAAUCCGCGGCUUGCUUGGCUGCCGGUAACACCAUGGUCUACAAGCCUAGCGAAUUCACGCCUCUACACGGCGAAACCCUCGCCCAGAUUUACACCGAGGCCGGUCUGCCUGACGGUGUCUUCAACGUGGUCAACGGAGCCGGUGAUGUCGGCGCCUACCUGACCAGCCACCCUACCAUCGCCAAGGUCUCCUUCACCGGCCAGGUGUCAACCGGUAUGAAGGUCGCCGGCGCCGCCGCCGGCAACAUGAAAUAUGUUACUAUGGAGCUGGGCGGUAAAAGCCCACUGAUUAUCUGCCCGGACGCCGACCUCGAAAGCGCCGUCGACGGCGCCAUGAUGGCCAACUUCUACAGCACCGGCCAGGUCUGCACAAACGGAACCCGCGUGUUCGUCCCCCGCUCUCUAAAGGCCCCUUUCGAGAAACGCCUUCUCGAGAAAAUCUCUUUUGUCCGACCUGGCCCGCUCUUCGACGAACAGACCAACUUCGGCCCCCUCAGCUCAGAAGUCCACUAUAAAAAGGUCGUCGAGUAUAUCUGCCACGGCAUCGAGAAUGACCGCGCAACACUGCUAGCCGGUGGCCCCGGCAAGCCCGAUAUCCCGCAAGACCUUCAAGCAGGAUUCUGGGUCAAACCGACCAUCUUCACCGACUGCACUGACAACAUGCGCAUCGUCAAGGAGGAAAUUUUCGGCCCUGUCAUGUCAAUUUUGUACUAUGAUACCGUUGACGAGGCUGUGCGUCGCGCCAACGCUACGGAGAUGGGUCUUGCUGCGGGCGUGUUUACAAAGGACCUUAACCAGGCCCACCGCGUCAUUGACCAGUUGCAGGCUGGUAUCACUUGGGUGAAUACCUGGGGCGAGAGUCCUGCUGAGAUGGCUGUCGGUGGAUGGAAGAAGAGCGGUCUGGGUGUCGAGAAUGGUCAUAAGGGGAUUGAGGCUUGGUUGCAGAAUAAGAGUACCCUUGUUGAUAUGAGUGGGGCUGUGGCGACGGUUUUUGCUAAGCUAUGA